AUGGUGCAGUCCAGCCAGGUCCUCUCUGCGGCCCUCGGCGCCGGCUUGGCCUAUGUAUUUCCGGUGGCGUACAGCCUGGCGGCGCUGCGGUUGCAGGGCAUCGUAUCCAAGUCCCCCUCUGUGUUCGACAUCCAGCAAAACCCUCCAGCCGAAUCCAACUCCGAGCCCUACGAAUGCCCCGCUGACCAGGGGUACCGGACGGAGAUCGUCUCCCUCGACCCGCUGCUCAUCUACCUCCACGACUUUGUCAGUCCCCGCGAGGCUGAUCUCGUGAUCCGCGCCGGCGAGUCCCUCCUGCAGCCGUCGCCCGUCACCGGCUACGGAGGCGACGGGCCGGCUUCUCAGGCGCGGACAUCCUGGAGUGCGCCGCUUCCCGAUGUCGUCGACGACGCUGCCGUGGCCUGCGUCCUUCGCCGUGCCGAGUCGUUCCUGGGGACCGUGCUGGUGCCAGGCCGUGACGACAUCGGCGCCGCGCAGCUCGUGCACUACGACAACGGGCAGAAGUUUGACCUGCACCACGACUGGUUCCGGCAGCCGCGCCUGUCCGACGCCGAUGCCGCAGCCGGGCGUCGACGGCUGUACAACCGCGUGGCCACAUUUUUUGUUGUGUUGCAGGCCAACUGCACUGCGGGGGAGACCUACUUUCCCCAGGCGGUCGUUCCGGGUGCGGCCAAGACCCAAAGUGGCAGCACGGCUCACGCGCAGAACGACAACGAUGGGACUACAGAAUCGUCGCUACCGAUUUGGCGCGAGCACGAAAAUGGGGGCCUGGCGUUCCGACCAGUGGCUGGAAACGCACUCUUCUGGGUGAACCUGCUUGCCAACGGCACCGGUGACACGCGCACGCUACAUGCCGGCCUCCCAGUGGGCGAAGGCACCAAGACGGCCAUGAACAUCUGGCCGCGUUCCUACUUUGGACCAGAUGCAUAG